AUGGGUGCUGUAGGUGGCUUCUUCCUACAGCCAUCAGCACAGCCCAGCUCAUAUGCGGUGGUGCUGGCGUUGGUGACACCGGGUCCCCAGGCGCCGGCAGAAGAGGCGAGCCUGCAAGAGCAGGGAGGCCUCUUGCGACUGGGGUUCGCGCCGGCCCCGCCCCGCGCCGGCCACGUGACGGCACCCCGCCCCGCGCGCGCGCGCGUGCGCCCUGCCCGGCACCCCAUUGUUGGGCGCGCGCGCGUCACGGGGGGCGCGGCCGGGGCGGGCCGCGGGGCGGGCCGGGCCGGGCCGGGCCGGAGGCAGCGCGGCGGGCGGGAGCGAGGCCAGGAGCGUCCGCGCCGCCGAGCCCCGAGAGUCGCCGGCCCCGCCGCCCCGAGCAGCCCCGCGCCCCGCCCGCCGCCCGCCGCCCGUCCCCCGCCGCUGGAUGCCGGCGGCCGGCGGCCGAGCUCGCAGACGCGGAGGGCGGCGGCGCGGGCGGCGGCGGCGGCGCGGGCCCGAGCGCUAGUGCCCGCCAUGCCCGGCUCCCUCGGCCGGCCCGACGGCGGCGGUGGCGGGGAGCGGAACUCGGGGUCCCCGCCGUCGCCGCAGCCGCCGCCCCCGCCGCCGUCCGCGCCCGACGGAGCCCCGGAGGCCGCUCCCGCGCCCGACGACGCGGCGGCCGCGCUGCGCCUGGCGCUCGACCAGCUCUCGGCGCUGGGCUUGGGGGGCGCGGGGGACCCCGACGACGACGGGGCGGCGGGCGGCGCUGCGGCGGCGGCCGCCGCGCCCCCCGACGGGCCCGAAGUGGGGGUGCCCCUGGGCGCCGUGGCCGGGGUGCCCGGGCCGCUCCCGCUGCUGGAGCCCACGCUGAGCCCCCCGCCCCAGCCGCCGCCGCCGCCCCGGCCGCCGCCCCCCGACGUGUUCGCGGGCUUCGCGCCGCACCCCGCGAGCCUCGGGGCGCCCGCGCUGCUGGCCGAGCCCCUGAGCGUGAUCGGCAGCCGCAAGAAGAGCGUGAACAUGACCGAGUGCGUGCCGGUGCCCAGCUCCGAGCACGUCGCCGAGAUCGUGGGGCGCCAGGGGUGCAAGAUCAAAGCCUUGCGUGCCAAGACUAACACCUACAUCAAGACGCCGGUGCGGGGCGAGGAGCCGGUGUUCAUUGUCACGGGCCGGAAGGAGGACGUGGGCAUGGCCAAGCGUGAGAUCCUGUCGGCGGCCGAGCACUUCUCGGUGAUCCGGGCCACGCGCAGCAAGGCGGGCGGGCUGCCGGGCGCGGCGCAGGGCCCCCCGAACCUGCCGGGCCAGACCACUAUCCAGGUGCGCGUCCCCUACCGCGUGGUGGGCCUGGUGGUGGGGCCCAAGGGUGCCACCAUCAAGCGCAUUCAGCAGCGGACACACACCUACAUCGUGACGCCGGGUCGAGACAAGGAGCCGGUGUUCGCCGUGACCGGGAUGCCCGAGAACGUGGACCGGGCACGGGAGGAAAUUGAGGCCCACAUCACCCUGCGUACGGGCGCCUUCACCGACGCAGGCCCCGACAGCGACUUCCACGCCAACGGCACCGACGUGUGUUUGGACUUGCUGGGGGCUGCGGCCGCUGGCCUCUGGGCCAAGGCCCCCAACCCAGGCAGGCGCCCCCCGGCACCCACCAGCGGCCUCCGAGGGGACGGAGCCGCCCUGGGCGCCCCGGGGGGACCCGAGGCCUUCUAUGCGGCGGGCCGCACUGGGGUGCCCGAUGCCAGCCCCACCAGCCCCUACAGUAGCUCCGGCAAUGGGGCGUUCACCUUUGGUGGGGAUGGCUCGGGGGCUCCCCCAGGGCCGGCCGCCCCCGAGGACUGUGACUUUGCCUUUGACUUUCUGGCACUGGACCUGACCGUGCCCGCCAUCUGGGCCCCCUUUGAGCGCCCCCCGCAGCUGCCCCCCACCCUGGGCAGCUGCUCCGAAGCCGCCAACAACAACGGGGGUGCCCGGCGCAACAGCGGGGCCACCACCCCACGCCACUCGCCUACGCUGCCCGACCCGGGGACCCUGGGCCCGGUGGGGGCCCUGCCCUGGCGGCCUGCGCAGACCCCGCUGGCCACCUUCCCGGGCACCUUACCUAGCAGUACCGGGGCUACCUCGUGCCCACCUGCGCCCCUGGAUGCCAGCGUCCCAGAAGGUGGCCGCAAAGUCACCGGGGUGACGGUGGGCACAGGGGGUGUGGCCUCGGGGCCUGCCACCUCUGCGGGAGCCCCGGUGCCCGCGCCCGCAGCUGUCCCCGCCUUGGCCCGGGAGUGCGUGGUGUGUGCCGAGGGCGAGGCCAUGGCAGCGCUGGUGCCUUGCGGGCACAACCUCUUCUGCAUGGACUGCGCCGUCCGCAUCUGCGGCAAAAGCGAGCCACAGUGUCCCGCCUGCCGCACGCCCGCCACGCAGGCCAUCCAUAUCUUUUCCUAG